UUAUUUAUAAUAAAUAGAACCACGCGUUUUUUUCUGUUUCCACUUGUAACGCCUAAUCGAAUCUGAACCCCGUUUCUGUUUAAUUAUGAUGAGAUAUGGUUGCGCAUUUCGAGCAGCAUUAACUUUCAACGCUUUAAUUAUUGUAACGCGCUGCUCCCUUUGUUUUAACCGAGGCCUGUUCGCUCGCCGGACGCUCAUCAUCUUUAGCGCGCACCGCGUCCGUUCCCCCGUUCAGUGAUACCACGCGCAAAAUCACGACCGAUUUCGGCACACUCGCAAAUAUGCCAACCGUUUAACAUUUUAAGAAAUAACAGGGACGUCCGACCAGAUGCCGAUAGCUGAUAUCAAUUAUGAACACGACGGCGUCGGCCUCUCUCGGAGCGGGGCGCGCGCGCGCGCACGUGCCCUGCUUUUUCGCGAGCUAGAAUGCUCUUUCGUGAUCCGCGUGACUGAUGCGAGUUAACAGCUGACUUUUUUCCAUUACCAAUGGCUCGCGGACGAUCCGGCGCACUCCCGGAGUCACGCAAACCGCGAAUGCGUGCUGAGGCGGACAACCGGGUGAGCGUUUAAAGCGUUUCUGAAAACGCCGACAACUCCGCGUUAAACCUCGCGCGCCCGGACACACGCUGUACAAUUCAAAAAAACACACUACGGGGUUUUAUCCUGUCGUGGGAGAAAUGCAACAAUAGCAGGGAGGGUCCUACCAUAAAGACGCGCUUAAUUCGUUGAUCUUCGAGUCAAUGGGGUUUUAAAGGAAGACGGCGGCAUUUCAGAAAUCCCGCUAAACGCGUGGAAAGCGGCAGCGCCGAGCGCUUAAAAGAUACGGAUGAACCUCGCAGUUCUUUAGAUAAUUUUUCCAAAGACUGAUAUUUUUUAUCUCUUCGAUAGCAGCGGUGACGCUCGGUCGUCAUGUGAUCAGCGAGCCGGUAUAAAGCGCGCGGAAAGGUCCGCCCUCUUUGGAAUCCUGGUCUGGCCUUUAGGAGGGUCUCCCCGGACAGAAUAAGCGCGCGGAUGUUGGGAUUUGGGCGACCUCUUGAUUCCGUGCCGACAGUAAUCCAUUAAAAGCCUAUGGCACUGGUGACACACUGGCACGUCCUCUCCGCCUCUCCCGCAUCCGCUCGGCGCGUCUUACGAGUUCUCUCGAAUCGAGAGCGCAGGUAGCGCGCAGGCUCGGCACACCGCAGCCCAUCGGGGACCCGAGAGAGCCAUGACUCUGAGCUCCGAGAUGUCGGAUGCGUCCGUGCUCUCGGAGGAGACCGACAUCGACGUGGUCGGAGAGGGAGACGACGGCGACGGCCGGACGCGCUCGUACGUGGACGAGGUGGCUCAGAUGCACGACGAGAUCCUCCUCGGCGGCUCGCCGUCUUGCGUGGACGCCUCCGCCGCGAGGGACCCCUACAAGCCGGCGAGCAAAAACACCCUGGUGAAGCCCCCGUACUCCUACAUCGCCCUCAUCACCAUGGCAAUCCUCCAGAGUCCCAAGAAGCGCCUGACGCUGAGCGAGAUCUGCGACUUCAUCAGUAACCGAUUUCCCUACUACCGGGAAAAGUUUCCAGCUUGGCAGAACUCCAUCCGGCACAACCUGUCCUUAAACGACUGCUUCGUCAAGAUACCGCGGGAGCCCGGGAACCCCGGUAAAGGCAACUACUGGACGCUGGACCCGGAGUCCGCCGACAUGUUUGAUAACGGCAGCUUUCUCCGCCGCCGGAAACGCUUCAAGCGCCAGCAGGCGCCCGAACUUCUCCGCGACCACGGAGGCUUCCUCCCCGCGGCCGCCGCGUACGGCUACGGACCUUACGGUUGCGGAUACGGCCUGCAGCUUCAGUCUUAUCACGCGCAUUCCGCGCUCCUCGCCUUUCAGCAGCAGCAGCCGCCGCCGCCGCCCUCGUCCCGGCAUCAUCCUCACACCGGAACUCUCAUCCCCGCGCCUUCCCUCAUGCCAAACACUACGGAGCUCACCCGUUCCCGCUUCUAUCCUCCUCUAAGCCCGGGGCUUUCUUCCCCCAUACAGACUGCGGCCAAGUCCCCGGUACACCGUUCGCCCUUCUCCAUAGACAGCAUCAUCGGGAGCUCUUUAAGCCCCACGCACUCGCAUUGUGCCUCACGGACUUCCCCGGUGGUCCCGGUGCUUCCGCCGACCCUAGCGUCCCAGCACUCCCCGACCCCACUACCGGGAGUCUUGCACGGACCGACGUCUUUGCACGAAACCUACGCGAACCGGAUUGUGAGCGGCACUAGCGGCUGUUAAUUUUUUAAAAAACUAAACGUCACGUUUUAAAGCGAUACACUCCCGCGUUUAAGGUAGGAUUAUUUUUUUGCAUUGUUUUUUUUUUUUUUUUUUUUUUUUUACGCAGCUGAAUGGUGGACAUCAACGCGCUCGUGCCUAUAUUCAAGCUGUGAAAUACGAAAUAUAUAUUUAUGUUAACGUUUUAGUUUCCGCCCCCACGAACUUUUCGUUGUCGGUGUGGUUGUGGUGAUCACUGCAUAUAGGGCGUCUCAGGACAACAUUUUUUUUAAAACAGGCUAUAAAAUAAACUGUCAAAUGUCUACAAUGAUAUAUUUUGUGUGAAAACGCAGAUGUUUUCUAGUUUGGCGAACUGAUUUUAUUAUUUGUACUUUGUAAUGAAAAGUGAAAAUUUUUUUAUACAACGUGUACUUCUCAGUAGCCUAAUAAACAAUGUACAUUCUUUGAUAUUGUAUACUCGGAGUGUGAUAUUUUUUACACGGUGUUUUUCCAUUAAUAAUAAAUAUUGUUU